GAUUUCGCCAUGUCUGUGCUGAACGCGUUACCUUUUAUGAGGCCAGUCCACAUUCGAUCACCACGCCAGCAGAGACGCCACACGCUUCCCGCCAGUGAAUUCCGCUGUCUUUCCCCCGAAGAUGCAGUCAGCGUGUUUGAGAUAGAAAGAGAGGCCUUCAUUUCAGUAUCCGGGGAAUGUCCCCUCCACCUGGAUGAAGUUAGACAUUUCUUGACACUUUGCCCGGAGCUGUCACUUGGCUGGUUUGAAGAGGGACGACUUGUGGCAUUUAUCAUUGGGUCGUUAUGGGAUCAAGACAAGCUGAAUCAGGAUGCCCUUACUCUGCACAAACCGCAUGGAUCAUCCGUUCACAUCCAUGUCCUUGCUGUACACCGCACAUUCCGGCAGCAGGGCAAGGGAUCCAUCCUUCUCUGGCGUUACCUCCAGUACCUGCGGUGCCUGCCUUUUGCACGGCGGGCCGUGCUAAUGUGUGAAGAUUUUCUGGUUCCUUUCUACUCCAAGUGUGGCCUCAAGGCUGUGGGUCCGUGUGACAUCACCGUUGGACCCAUGGCCUUCAUCGAGAUGCACUGUCCGGUCAAUGGUCAUGCCUUUAUGCGCAGAAAUAGUGGUUGCUAG